AUGGAUGAACAUCUAUUGCACAUAUCAAGCAACAACUCAAUCAUUGAGGUUGAGUUCGUAUAUGAUUCAAAGACGGUGUUGUUUUCGAGGCCAUGCAAAGAUUCAGUGAAGCAAUUUUUGCAGAGAUGUGAGAUAAAAUUAAGUUCUCCGCAGAAAAAGAAGAAGAAAAAUUUUUCGGGCGAUUCAUUUUCUGACGUACCGGGAGUUACUUGUAUUUUUCUUUCAUCUGACCUCAUCAAACUAAACAAUGACCUUUUACUGGAAAAGGUUCUCCUGGACGACAGCAAUAAGUUCCAAAUCAAUGAUAUCGUGUACUCAUUGGUUAUCAACUUACCCAAAGUAGUGUCAGCCACUGUUUCAUCACACGCAAUGGCAACCUACUUGAUCCAACCAACAGUUGAAACCCAAUUUUCGUCACACUUUCAAUGCAAGUGGUUUGUAGAAACGGAGCCUAGAAGUUAUACUGAAGUUAGAGAGGGAAAUGUUUACGAACCGCCCGUGCAUUUUGUCAACAAGAAUUUUAAGAUUGAGAUCACACCAUUCCAAGAAGAAAGAAGAGGUAAAACUGUUACAGUGCUUAGCCAGGCGCCAAUCCAGGCCCCAGUUGGAGAAACGCCGUUGACGGUUCGCCAGCAACUGACAAUGAUGACUUCACGUAACAUCAAAAGUGACUUCAGGGUUGUCUCAUACAAUGUCCUGGCAGACUGUUACGUGUUCACUGAAUGGGCUAUGCGCAAUAUGUACCCACAGUGUCCUAAAUACAUCCUACCUAUGGAGUAUCGCAAACAGAUUCUCUAUCGAGAAUUCACAGAUUACUCUGCAGACAUACUGGCUCUUCAGGAAGUCGAGGAGAAGUUCUUCCAAAAUGAACUGCUUCCAUUCUUCGAAACAGUAGGAAUGACGGGAGUGUACUCCACGUUGAAUGCACGGAGAAGUGACGGAGAGGCUUUGAUCUACAAUAAGAACCUGUUCGAUUUGCGUGAGUCGAAAACCCUAUCCAUGAACGAGUCUUGCUAUGACAGUGAAGUGCUCACUAUAUUCUUGCGUAUCUGCUCCCAUGAUUUGAGAGAAGACUUCUUGUGUCGAACAACAACUUUCCAAUACUGCUUGCUUGAAAUGAAGAAGAGAUCCAAGUAUGUGCUGGUCGUGAACUCUCACUUGGCUGCCAAGCACAACUUCGAUGUUGUUAGACUUCUGCAGACAGCAACUGCUGCUCAUUUUGUCAAGUGCAAGAGCGAACAGAUUUGUGCUGAUUUGAAUAUUUCCAAAAGUAAUUUGGCAAUUUUUUUGUUGGGAGAUCUUAACUCAAGCCCUGACGCGUUUGCAACACGAUACAUGCACAAAGAGGUUUUAGACAUCGAGGAACUGGAUCCGAUGUCGGCGGGAACCCAAUUUACACUGCAGUUACCCGAAGACUUGGUUUCUAUGGAAAGUUGUUAUCCUAGAUGGAGUAUUGAAUUCACGAAUAUGGUUUUUAAUUUCACCUCAACUUUAGAUUGGAUUUAUUACAACCGAGAUGUGUUGGAGUGUGUAAAUAAACUCCCAAUGCCUUCGCUGGAGUCUGUAGCUUCUUACGGCGGCUUACCGAAUGUGGGUAUGGCAUCUGACCAUUUAGCUUUGGUUGCGGAUUUCGCAUUUAUUACAUGACAGUAAAGUCUGGGUGCAAAUAUUGGAAUUAAAUUUUAUCGCGAGAGUUAUUUUGUUUAUUGUGAUACUUAAAUGUGAAUUAACUUGCCAAAUAAAAUGUAAAGUUUCUGUCAAUGAAAA